GACACUGACACUUGACAGUAGAGUAGACUUUGGACUUUGAUUAUUUUAUCAAUUUAUAGUAUUUUUAUAAUUUUUUAAACGAAUAAAUCCACUAUAAUGAAUUGAGUGACUUAUAUUAUUUAAGUUAAGUGAUUCCUGUGUAAUAGAAAUCAUGUAUAACCCUGCAAUAACGGUAAAACGUAUCGAUGUUUUGAUACGUAUUUUGAAUGGUCGUAAAACUAUAAUAAACUCGAAUGUUGUGAGAGCGUACUCGAGCGAAGGGAAAAUAACCAUUGGAAAUGUGAGCAAGGAUAUCAGUUCGCCGAAAAAGAUUGAAUAUGUGCCCAAGAAGUAUCUGAUAACAGAAGAUUCACAGCUUAAAUCACUUUCACAAAGUACUCUCAGGAACUUAAGAUGGAUGAUGCAAAAGGAUAUUCUUGGACAGGAUAUGUUUCUCUUAGGGAGGCCUGGACCAAGCAGAAGAAAAGUAGCGCUCCAGUAUUUAGAAUUGACACAGAGAGAAAUAGAAUAUGUGGCUCUAUCAAGAGAUACAACAGAAGCUGAUCUUAAGCAGAGAAGAGAGAUUCAGAGCUCCACUGCCAAAUAUUUUGAUCAGAGUGCAGUGCGAGCGGCGAUAGAAGGUCGGGUCCUAGUUCUAGAAGGAAUAGAGAAGGCCGAACGCAACGUGUUGCCAGUGUUGAACAAUUUGCUCGAAAAUAGGGAGAUGCACUUGGAAGAUGGGAGGUUUUUGAUACCAGCCUCAAGAUACGAUAAAUUGUUGGAAGAGCAUGGACCAGAAGAAGUUUCAAGAUGGCGACUGGUGCGGGUAGAUGAAAACUUCCGGGUGAUCGCGCUAGGGUUGCCAGUACCCAAAUACAGUGGGCAGCCUUUAGAUCCACCGCUUCGGUCCAGGUUUCAGGCGAGAGAUGUCGCUACUGUCGGAUUUGGGGAACAUCUGACCUCCCUAAAAGAUGACGCCCCUCAAGUGGAUACGAAAAAGCUGGAACAGGUCCUGUCUGCGGCGUAUGCGCUCAUCAGUCCAGAGCUGCAACAGAUAAGCUUGCCAGAUUUCCCUGUGGACAAUUUGUAUGCUGCUGCUUUGAUUUUGGAAAGGAACCCUGACAUUCCCAUCCAUAAACUAUUGUAUAUCCUCUAUCCAUACAACAUAUUUUUAUCAAGAGACCACAUAAAAAAUGUUGAAGCUGUAUUACACAAUCUGAAAAUAGACACAGAACCAAAAUGGAACAUAACCCUCAAAGGUGUAGAGUUCACGGGAAAACAAGCUUUAGUGAAUAUGGAGAUCAAUGGGAAAGCGUCUCAAUUUGCCGUGGCAUGUGGUGAGAGAAAGAGCAAAAGCGAGAAGAAAGGGUUUGUCAAAACGGAGUACCAGACUCAGCUUUUGAAUGAGUUGAUGCUUAGUCAUACUGUUGGAGAUUUCUGUGUUGUCGGUCCAAAAGGCUGCGGCAAAAGUCUUCUAGUUAGCCAACUGGCAUCUCUACUCGGCUACACUAUAGAGCCCAUAGUCCUAUACCAAGAUAUGACAGCAAGAGACCUCAUACAGCAGAGAACCACCCUGGACAAUGGAGACACAGUGUGGAGGAAUUCAGCCUUAGUGGAGGCCGCGCUUAAGGGACAUCUGGCAGUAUUGGAUGGCUUGCAUAGAAUACAUGCUAGUACUUUGGCUGUUUUGCAUAGAUUAGUUCACGAUAGAGAGUUGCAACUGCACGACGGUACAAGGUUACUUCGGUACGACAGAUAUGACGACCUACUUGCAUCUGGCCUCACACAGCAAGAGUUAGAAGAGAGUGGCGUGAAGAGAAUCCAUCCGGCUUUUAGAAUAGUGGCGCUAGCUGAGCCGCCUGUGAUCGGGUCUGGGCAGCAAUGGUUGUCGCCUGAAAUACUCAGUUUAUUCCUAUUUCACGAAAUGAGAAAUCUGAGCAAGAGUGAGGAAAUGUUCAUCAUCAAUUCUUUGUAUGGAGACAUCUCAAACCCAUUACACUCAAUAAUAGAUUUGGCCGACCAGCUAAGAAAUUCCGAAGAUAAUACUCUAAAAAAUCUCUCUUCAUCCUUAUCAACCAGACAACUAUUACGAAUAGCCAGCCGAAUGGCCAAGUACCCCAUAGAUUCACCCUACGAAACAGUCCAAAGAACUUUUCUGGCCAAAUUCCUGCCUAAUUUAGCCAGACGGGCGUUAGAUAGUGCUAGCCAAAAAAUUGGGAUUGAUCCUCCCACAAAAUCUGGUAUAUUUAACCGUGAUCCGAAAAAAGUUAAAUGCACAGUCAAAAAUGGCGUUCUUACAAUCGGAAACACAAGUACAGAAAUUUUCAAAACAGAUGCCUUAACUAAAGUCCCUGAUAUUUUAUUCUAUGAUGUUCCACAACACAUGAGGUUACUCGAGUGGUUACUCCAAGAUUUUUUGCUUGGAAACCAUUUGUUACUAGUCGGGAACCAAGGUGUGGGGAAGAACAAAAUAGCAGAUAGGUUAUUACAGCUUUUGAAUCGUCCAAGGGAAUACAUCCAGUUACAUAGAGACACUACAGUACAAUCUUUGACAGUACAACCCACUGUAAGAGAUGGUAUAGUCAUUUACGAAGAUUCUCCGUUAGUCAAAGCUGUCAAAUAUGGUCAUGUAUUAGUUGUGGAUGAGGCAGAUAAAGCCCCAACUCAUGUCACGUGUAUUCUGAAAACGUUAGUUGAAAACGGGGAAAUGAUUCUAAGUGAUGGAAGGAGAAUUGUUCCGAAGGACAUGAUAGAAAGUUCUGGAGGCGAUGUAUCUAGUUUUAUCCCUGUGCAUGAAGAUUUCAGGAUGAUAGUGCUGGCAAAUAGACCUGGGUUCCCGUUUUUGGGAAACGAUUUCUUUGCCUCAUUAGGCGACCUUUUCUCCUGCCACGCAGUAGACAACCCCUCAAUAGAUUCCGAGCUAGAAUUGCUCCGAUCUUAUGGGCCGGAUGUGCCACAGGAUAUAAUGAAAAAACUGGUACAAGCGUUCGCUUUACUCAGGAACAUGGCUGAUCAGGGGCAGUUGACGUAUCCGUAUUCUACGAGGGAGCUUGUUAACAUUGUGAAACACUUACAGAAAUAUCCAGAAGAAGAUCUAGCGACGGCCAUAGGAAACGUGUUCGACUUCGAUCGUUACAGCAAGGACAUGGCAGAUACGCUAUUAGAGGUCUUGCACUCUAGCGGCUUGCCCACUGAAGGGGUAUUGGAUGGACGCUCCAAAGAGGCCCUCAAGAAGAUACAGAUGACCAUUGAAAGAACUAGCGGUAAAGACGUUUCGUCUCCCAAACACGGUAAAGAAGACCCGGACAAUCAACCCCAUGUAGGUGGUAAUACUUGGGCCGGGGGUACCGGGGGCAGGGACACGGCUGGUUUAGGGGGUAAGGGAGGCCCCUACCGACUUGACAAGGGGCACGAUGUACAUCAGCUGUCGGAUGCUGAAAAGGAUGAUGUACCGGAGCAUGUCAAGAAAGCGGCGCGUGAGAUGAACAGGAAGGCAUUCGAAGAGAGAUUGAAAGAGAUAAAAAUGAGUGAAUAUGAUGCCAAACUAUAUGGACAGUUUUUACGGGCUGUGCAACCUCAGAUAGGUGCUCUUCGUGGCGUACUAGCGGAAUUGCAGGCAAAGAAAAAGGAGAGACAAUGGAGUCGGCAUCAGACCAGCGGUGAAUUGGACGACGGCAAAAUUAUUGAAGGUUUGACUGGUGAGAGGUCGAUCUACAGACGGCGCACGGAACAAGAGCCGCCCCCUGGCUCGCCUCCCGACAAACCCAAGAGGCUUCGUUUAGUAUUUGAUGUUUCCGGCAGUAUGUACAGAUUCAAUUCCUACGACGGUCGUCUAGAACGUUCGAUGGAGGCAGUAGUAUUAUUGACAGAGGCGCUAAAGGGCUAUGAAGCUCGUAUUAGAUACGACAUGUACGCACAUUCCGGGGAAGAGCACGCUUUAGAACUGGUCAGAGUCGACAGACCGCCGGAGAAUGAGAAAGAGAGGCUACAGAUAAUCCGAACAAUGCACGCGCACGCGCAGUUUUGCUGGUCGGGAGACAACACCCUGCCGGCGGCGAAGCAUGCAAUAUCUACCCUCGCAAAGGAAGACGCAGAUGAAGCCAUUGUGUUGAUCCUUUCUGAUGCUAACUUAAGAAGAUACGGCAUUCCACCGGAGCAUCUGGGAACGAUAUUAACGUCUGACCCAAGAGUACAAGCGCAUGUUAUAUUUAUAGGAAGCCUCGGGGACGAAGCUAAUGCCUUACUACGCAAGCUGCCCGUCGGCCACGCUCACGUGUGUAUGGACGUGGCAUCACUACCGCAGAUCAUGCAACAGAUAUUCGCUUCCUCACUCUUGCAGAACUCUUGAUGUAACUAUAGUAGCUAAUUUUACUACAACUUUCUUCAUAAGUAUAGUAAUUGUACAAUUACUUGACUGGUAAUGUCAAUAUAGGACCAAAUAAUUUACUAGAUAAUGUAAAAUAAAGAAGUUUUAGCAUUAGUUUUACAAUCGAUCUGUUUUCGCUGUGUGUUUCUGUUGUGUUCGCGAUCUGUGUUUCCUACCAAUUACAAUCCGGGUAUCUUUAAAACAAGAGUGAAUAGGCACCUUCUAGGUAAACGCGUCCCAUAUUAGACCACAUCAUCACUUUCCAUCAGGUGUGAUUGUGGUCAAGCGCUUGCCUAUAGUGAAUAAAAAAAAAACAGUAAAACUUACGAUGACUUUUUGUUACAAAAUACUUUGACCUGCACAAAGAAGCAUGCAGAUACCUAAUUCAUAAGCUAAACCUAAUGCAAUAAGUAAUGUAAUAAGUAGUGCAAUAUUUAAUUUUAUUCCAAAUAUAUUUUAUAUUUUUAAUACAUUUUUUACAUAGAUUAGCUAUAAAAUUAAUGUAGGGAUACACCACUACUUUUUAAUUACGAUAAAAGUUUUAAGAGCGAAUACA